AAACGUUUUUUUCAGUUAACACGGACGCUAUGGCUACUGAGUGCUCAGGCAAGCUAACCACAGCUUCUUCAGUCUCCCUCGCUUGCCUUUUUGCCAUCUUCGGCUUCAUCGCAGUGUUUGGGAACUGUGUGAUUUUGCUUGCCAUAGCUAAAAUCCCUAGACUUCGGUCGCCUUCAAACUGGCUCUUGGCUUCUUUAGCUGCCGCUGAUCUUACUGUUGGUAUAAUCAUUAACCCAAUUUGGAUUGCGCGGUGCCUGGUCGAGCAAAAACCCCAUUCGCACCCGUUUAAAAUCACUAUUGAUUACUUGUGGUUACAGACCUCUGCGGUAACUACCUUUACUUUGUGUUUGGUCACCGUGGAUAGAUUUAUCGCCGUCACUUACGUAUUCCGCUAUGGAUCCGUGGUCACUCUACCGCGAUGCCAGUUUGCAGCUGGAAUUGUAUGGCUCUUGUCUCUUCUUUUCGCAAGCGCAAGGCUUGUUACAACAAAUCCGCAAUCACUACCCAGACUUUGGACUAUAUCCAUGGUUGUCACCUUCAUUCUCCCUUUCAUUCUCAUCGUUUUCUGUUACGGGAAAAUACUGAAAGUCGCGCACGAACAGAGAAGAAGAAUAAGGAACGAAGGGCCCGCAAUCGACUUAGAGACACGGAGGGAAAUCUUGCGCAGCGCAAAGGCUAACAUUACCGCGGGAAUUAUUAUAGGACAAUUCAUCAUUCUUUGGGUUCCUUGUCUUGUAACUUCUCUGGUUCAUACUUUUACUACGAGUGAAUGCCUUAGCGCCGAGCUUCGUCGUGUAUGGAUUGCAGUUGAGCUGGUAGCUUUUGUCAGUUCUGCCUCGAAUCCUUUUAUCUAUUUCAUUAGAAAUAACGCAUUUAGGGGCGCAAUUAGAGAAAUGUCCCGUAACCGGAAUGAAAACGUUUCCCCGGGUUUAAAAAGAAGCUAGAGUAAGACAUUCUUAAAAUCUACUAGUUUUGACUGUAACAAGCAUCUCCGAAAUCAAUAUGAAAAAUCGGGUUUAAUAAUAUAAGGAUAAGAAACCAUUUUAUUGCUUACGUUUUAUGAGCAGUUCCAUAUUCUCUGAUUCCUAUCAUGCAGUUCAACGCUAUUACAAUGGAAAUGAGGGAAAAGAAAAUAUAUAUAUUUAAAAUACAAUAAAAUUACGAGGUGUU